GGGAAGAUGGAAGUGUCGGCGCAUGUGGACGACUACAACGCGUCUUUCAGGGACACGGUGUGGCUGCAGUCGUUCCCUUUGAACGCACAAACGGUUCUCCACUACUUUGCGCUGUCUCCGUUCUACGACCGCUCGUGCAACAACGAACGUCUCAAGAUGCAGCGUCUAGGGCUCGACCAGCUGAAGAAUCUGCGCGGUGUUGAAUACGAGCUACUACCCAAUACAGCAAAGCAGAUGCCUCAGCAGCUUUUCAUCAUCCGCAAGCAGAGACGUAGUGGUCGCACGCAGGUGGAGCCACUGGCAAUCUAUUACGUAUUGGACGGCACUGUCUACCAGGCCCCGAACAUCCACGCCAUGCUCACCUCUCGUCUCAAAAAAUGCAGCUACCGAGUGAACAAGGCGUUCCACGGGCUUGCAGCGGGUGUACGCUUCAGCCCCACAGAAGGCUACGCGUGGGACUUCAGCUCCAAGGACAAGAAAGAACCCGUCAUCCCAUCUGAGCAAUUACAGCUCAAGCUGAAGCAGAAAUACGAGAAGAUGGAAAAACAGCGCGAGAACUCGGCGCGUGUCGACUCCAUCUUGAUCCAACUCAUGAAGAAACACGCUCCGGAAAUCGCAAAGAAGUUGGAAAACAACAACGCUGCAGCAACUGGAACAACAGGUCCAGAAGAUCCAGCCAUUAAACGCGAAAACGACGCUGGCGCGGAAGCUGCCAAGCGACAAAAAGUUGCAUAAGAACCCACCCACUAAUGCAUCGCUAAUAAUUUUUGCACGAUGCAA